GCAGGUAGAAAAGGAGGCCACAAAGGCCGUGCCAGGCAGUACACCAGCCCCGAGGAGAUCGAUGCUCAGCUUCAGGCAGAGAAACAAAAGGCUCGGGAAGAGGAGGAGCAAGAAGAGGGGGGUGAAGGAGCCACUGGGGAACCCCGAAAGGAGAAGAAAUCCUUAGAUUCAGAUGAAAGUGAAGAAGACGACGAGGACUAUCAGCAAAAGCGCAAAGGAGUGGAAGGCUUAAUAGACAUAGAGAAUCCCAACCGCGUUCUGCAGACAACCAAAAAAGUGACUCAGCUGGACCUGGAUGGCCCCAAGGAGCUGUCACGGCGAGAGCGGGAAGAGAUAGAGAAGCAGAAGGCAAAAGAAAGAUACAUGAAGAUGCAUCUAGCUGGCAAAACAGAGCAGGCGAAGGCAGAUCUCGCACGACUAGCCAUCAUCCGGAAGCAGAGGGAAGAAGCUGCCAGAAAGAAAGAGGAAGAAAGAAAAGCAAAAGACGAAGCGACCACAGCAGGCAAAAGAAUGCAGUCACUAUCCCUGAACAAGUAAGCCCAGGCCACGCUAAAGGAGGAAAUGCCAGGGAACUGUGCCUGGUGCCUGCCAGAGACUCUGUCGUGUCGCCUACCAUAGAUGCCACGUAGGGUGUACUGCAGCAUCGAAGUCACUUUCACCUCCAAGAGACACUGAUGAUGUGUUUGUCUUCAUCUUGGCACAGAAUUCCAUUUGGGGCUAGGGGGGCAGCUGCUACCUUGGGGGCAGAACCGCGCUCAACAGCAAUUCUCUGUGUAACCGUUUGGAAACCUGAAUGUUUUUAGGAUUCGGAGCAUGGGUGGGGGCAGGGCAGGGGGUGCCAGGGGAGGGGGAACGCUUCUGACAUUAGACUGCGAGGACUAGACCAUGGGAGCGGGGGGCUGAGGAGAGCCCCAGGGCCAGGCCUGCAUCUCCAAGAUCCAUUUCUGCAAAGGGCCCAUGAAAUUGAGCUGCAGAAAGUUGCAAGACUAGUCUGGGAGCUGACUUCAUGGCUGAUCCUUCUGGAGAUCUCUUCAUUCCCAUCUCCAUCCCAUUUUCCCUCCCCAGCCCCCCUCUCCCUCCUCUGGUUUUGGUUUUCUGUUUGGUUUUUGGGUUUUUUAGUUUUCCCCCCCUCCUCUGACUAGGGAUAGUGUCAGCAGCUUUUAAUCACACCCUUCUUUGUUCAAAGAACUUUCAUUGACUCUCUGAUGCCCAGGUAACCCCCUCCCCGCCCCGAAGCUUGGUAAAUUGAAAAGAAACUUGUAUAUUUGGCUGAUUAAAAUUUAAAUUAUCGUAA